AUGAAAUCCAUAGUCUCUGGCUGGCAAAGUGAUCGGAGGUCUAAAAAGCUAAUUUUUCUUGCCUUUUUUUCUUGCCAUUUUUCCCCCAAAAAAACAAAAAAUGGACGAACUGUUCAGCAAACUCAACCAACUCACCGACGAGGAAAAGAACCAACUCUCAGACAAGCAAAAGAAAGCCAUCAAAACCCUUCACCAACCCUGCACAUCCCCGAUGAUAUUCCUGCAGUUGCUGUUACUCCUUGGCUCUGUGAAACUUUGGACAAGGUGGACAAGGCGUGGGCGCUAUACAACGAGAAGGCCUGCCGAAUCGUCAUCGAUGCUAUCCUAACAGAAGUCUUAACGUCUGAAGCGAAUGACAACCUGAUGGGGUUUUGCGAAGUCAAGAAUGAUUGGGAAGGGAAGGAAUUCGGUUACACAGGAGAUGUAGACUAUAUGUUUGGGUCUUCAGAUACCAAAACCGUCGAUACUAUGGACUCUUUUCUUUUGGUGGUGGGGGCAAAGAAAGAAUGGCCCGAUAGCGCAGUACCUCAAAUUCUCUGCGAAGCCGGAUGCCUACUGAAAAAGCGAUUGGCUGCUGGAAAGAACACUCCAGUGCUUGCUGUCCUCACCAAUGGGACGGACUUUCGCUUCUUUGCGAUUGAUACUGACGGGGUGGUGUAUGCUUCCACCAAGAAGAUGUUGGAACUUGGAAAUGACAGAACAUACAAGACAAGCACAUCUCUCUCUGAAAUCCUUCGCUGGUUCACUUGGUUUAUGACUGCCAUCAAGUCUGUCUCUCCCCGUGCGUCCAGCGAGGAUUUGACCGACACUAUGACUGCUGACUCGCUUACCCAACUCAGAGAAUGCUUUGGGCCAAAGUUUCUGAUUCAAAACAAAAAGGCCAAGAUUGAAAAGUAUGGCCAAGAAUUGAAAAAGACUUUUAAAUAUUAUCAACUGAAAGAGAUUGAAGCAUUGGAUGUAUUUACAAAUGAACCAGUAGAACGAGAACGACCAAUGUCAAACAAGGAAAGACGUAAUAAAAGAGAAUUGGAAGAAUUGGAAAGAAUUCCGGAACCUAAAAACAAAAGACGCAAGAAUUACAAAGACUAUCUACAAUGCGCCAAGAAUUGGGAUUUGUAUUCGGAACAACAACAAGAACAAUUGAAGAAAUGGUAUAGAAAUUACUAUUCUCAAAACAAGGAGUCCAAACGACUGAGAUAUUGCAAUAACUACGCUAAUAAUUCAGAUAUCGAAAGAGGACGAUUACAAAAGUACAAAAUGUCAAAGAUGGGCUAA